AUGACAGCUGCUCUUGAGCUCGACAACGGGGAGCACAUUACAUACGAGUCGGCCCGCAAGAAAGAUGCCAACAUGAUCAAUGAAGCAACAUACCCUGGAGCAAGGAGACAGCUCUUUCAGAAGCUCUGGGAUCAGCGUGCAGCGAUCGAGGACAUUGUUCGGCAUCACCUGAGACUGCGCGAUGAAGACUCUUGUAUUGUCGAGGACCAAUGGAUUCGUGGGAGCUUUAAUGUGUGUAUACCUGUGGAAGUAUGGUCGGCCGGCUUCAAUCAGAACCUGAUCUUUCGCUGUCCUAUGCCACACAAGCUUGCCGAAGCCAAAUACCCUGGCACUGUUGACGAAAAGCUAAGCUCCGAGGUGGGAACCUACGUAUGGAUGCAAGAGCAUUGCCCUGACAUCCCUAUUCCACGAUUAUACGGCUUUGGCUUCUCUGACAAUCGACACUUUAUACACGAACAACGAAUGCCUUUUUAUGUCCACUUUUGGCGUAAGCUUCAACGUUCUUUCCGCAACUGUCUUCGAUACCCAACUUUGUCUCAAUAUGCUUUCAGACCGACCUGCCUGCGCCUUCCCACUGCAUAUAUGCUUCUUGAGCGUAUCGGCCCCAAUACAGGCGAAAUACUCGAUGAUACAUGGAAUGAGUAUUGA